AUGCAGCUCAAGCUCUCCUUCGUCGCUGGUCUCAUCGCCAGCGCCUCGCUGGCCACCGCCGCUCCCGUCGAGCAGGAGCGCGGUAUCAACAUCGACAUCUCCAAGCGCGCCACCCUGACCAAGGCCGGCACCGACCAGAUCGACUGGACCAAGGUCGACGCUCACAUGCAGGGCCUGCGCGCAAAAUACUCGAAGAGCCUUGCGAACUACGAGAAGAACACCGGCAAGGUCCACCCUCUCAAGCGCGAGGUGCCUGAGCUCUCCAAGCGCGCCACCGGCACGGUCGGUCUCACCGACCAGCAGAACGGCGAGCUCUGGACCGGCACCAUGGCCUACGGCACCCCCGCCCAGAGCUUCUCGAUCGACUUUGACACCGGAUCCUCGGACACGCUUGUCAACCCCGGCGCCUACAACCCCAGCUCGUCGUCCACCUCGAGCACCAACGGCGACACCUUCUCCACCGCUUACGGUGACGGCACCACUGCCCAGGGCACCAUCUACCGCGACACCGUCCAUAUCGGUGGCCUGAGCGCCACAAAGACCGCCAUCGGUGUUUCUAAGACCACCUUCAUCGACUCCUCGGAGGGCUCGUCCGGUAUCUCGGGCAUGGCCUUCCCUCAGCUCGCCGCCUUCGGCUCCAGCUACCUCCCCUACUUCUACCAGCUCAAGCAGGCUGGUGCCGUCUCCUCGGGCAAGUUCCAGUUCGACCUCAGGACGAGUGGCUCGUCGCUCUUCCUCGGCGGAACGAACAGUGCGAAAUACAGCUCCACUCCAGUGUACGUCAGCGUUGACUCGAACCAGGGCUUCUGGCAGGUGCCCGCCUCGGUCAACAGCAUCGGCAUCGAGUCGAUCGUUGACACUGGUACGACGAUCAUUGUCGCCCCCACCUCGCAGGCCCAGGCGCUCUUCAACAAGCUCGGUCUGCCGACGUUCACUCAGGACGGCUCGACCUACGCCUACUACAACUGCAACUCGCCCCCUACCGUGACGUUCAAGUACGGCUCGUACACCAAGAGCCUCUCGGCUGCCACCACCUCGUUCGGUACCACCAACGACGGCCACUGUGUGCUCUCGGUUGCUGGUGGCGACCUCGGCAUCAACGCCUGGAUCACUGGCGACUCGUUCCUCCAGAACACCGUCGCCAUCUUCGACACGGACAACAACCGCGUCGGCUUCGCGAACAAGGCCUAA